AUGAUUGUAUGUCAGUGCAAACCGCUGAUGCUCAUAACCGGAAAGUUCUUCGUCGAAAUCCUCCGUGCAUCCACAGGGAUGAAGCCGUUUAUACUCGCACUAUGCGCCGUACUUUGCACGGGUAUCAACAUUCGAGAAAGCAAAAACUACCUCAACGACAAUCGGGUUCCGCCAUUAUCCAAGCCAGUGAAUUCCCAUGGAACGUCACGAUUCAACUACACCUAUUUGUCAGUGUGUCUGAAUGGUACUCAUGACGAUCCUUUAAUCACUGUAUAUGCAAAGGAAUGUGAAGAUAAGGCGUCCCAGGUAGCACUGGGGAAGUACACCAAUCAGGUGAACACCACUGGAUGGGGUAUCUUGGAGAUCGAAACAUUUGCUGGACAUCCAUACGAUGUACAAGCUUAUGCAGCUGGUGUCGCCGAAGGGGAACUAACUCGGCUACAAAUUCAUUACCACUACAAAAAUACAGUGAAAGAUCUGUGUAAAAAUCAUACUGUCUAUUGCAAACGUCUUUACAAAUAUCUUACGAAGAAUUUGGACUGGCUACGUUUACAAGUUCUGUCGCAACCCCCGAAUGAUUUGUUUUGGAGACAUGUGAAUCUCACAUUCGCCCAAAUGACCGGUAUCUUUGAUUCAUACAUGAAGAGGAAUCUCACACCACAAAUUGGAUUUGAUCUGUCGCCCAUUUACAUGAUUCAAUUAUCCGGCGAGCUUUUUGACUUGAACAAAUAUUUGAACAAAACUCCCGAUCCGCAAGAGUAUCCGGAAGCAGGAAAAUGCUCUGGGUUGAUUAAACUUGCUCCCGGCAACAAGGACAUGUUCUUCGCUCAUGUGGCCAUGUCCAGUCUGGGCUGGAUGAUGAGAGUGCUGAAGCUCUACAAAUUUGCCUUUGAUGCUAAGGAAGUCCCUGGACACACAGUGAGUUUCUCCGGAUACCCUGCACAGUUGGCAUCAGCAGACGACUAUACGCUAACUAGCGCUGGUCUGGGCUCCAUCGAGACCACAAUCGCAAUUUUUAACAAAUCUCUCUAUGAGGAAUAUAUCAAACCAGAAGGCCAAGUGCAUUGCUGGCUUCGAUCAACUAUCGCAAACUAUUUGACUAGCACACCAAAGAAAUGGGUCGAGCUGUUCUCUCGUUUUAACUCUGGCACCUACAAUAAUCAGUGGACCGUUCUGGACUACAAACAAUUCAAGCCAGGACAGGAUAUCCCCGAUAAGGACAUGGUUUGGAUUCUCGAGCAGGCUCCGGGAUCCAUACGAACGCAGGAUGUGACAUGGUUCUUGAAGAAAUACUCAUACUGGCCAUCUUAUAAUGUACCAUUUAUCAAAGAUAUCAAUUUGAUUGCUGGAUUCAGCGACAAGGCUAGGGAAUUCAAUUGGUACAGAUGGGGUUCAACACCACGAGCGAGAAUCUUUGAUAGAGAUCACCAUAAAGUUGUCGACAUGGACACUCUGACAAAGCUUAUGAGAUACAACGACUUUACUCAUGAGGAGUUUGCCCGCUGCAAGUGCACUCCACUACCGUAUACUGCAGAGGGAGGAAUAUCAGCAAGAGGUGACUUGAACACACCAAAUGGCACUUACGAAGUGGAAAGCAUGGGUUUCCGUGAUCAUGCUGGGCUCGAUUACAAGGGAACCAAUUACGAGAUGUUCUCAAAGCUUCGUUUCCGAGCUUGGGGUGGACCUCCAUACGACCCAUUACCAGUUUUCAAUUGGGCAACCACCAAAGUUGUCGUGAAUCACUAUGGACAACCGCAAGUGUGGAACUUCACAUAUGUUGAUUUGGAAUGGGAAACGAAGACAGAAGUGCUUGGAUUUGAAAAUGCCGACGACUGAUGAUUUGAUAGACAUCUUGUUGUUUUUGCAAACUUUGUUGAUUUUGUUGAGAUUUUCCUUGUGAAUAUUCUGAAUGAACUAGAAUUAUGCAAUAUAAAAACCUUAGAACAGUGUUAAGU